UUAAUUAAGUGAUUUUGAAGUGUCACAUAUGAGAUGUCUAUGGCCACUUCAAAUCUUUGGCCGUUCGAUCGCCAAUUCCUUGAAUUUAUGUAGAUUUUAAUAAUAGUUUUUUUGAACGCCGAUACAACUUAACUGGACUAAAGUAUAAAAGACGAUGCCGGAGAGUAAGCGGCAUCAGUUCACUCAAAACGCUAGCAGCAACCGAACAAAAAACAUCUUUCAAAAUGUACAAAUUGAUUUUAUGGACUACCAUCUUUGCUUUGGCCGCUGCCAAACCAGGAUUUUUACAUGGCGGUGUACCAACUUUUGUUUCAUCACCAGCAGUUGUCUCAACAUACUCUGCAUCUCCAGUCGUCGCAGCUCCAAUCGUCGCAAGGGCUGUCGUGUCUCCAAUCGUCACAUACUCCGCCCCAGCUGUUGUGCAUGCAGUUCCGGUAGUGAAAACACCAAUAAUUACAAAAACUAUUGUUUCAUCACCAGUCGUCGCAUAUUCUUCACUCCACACCCCAGUGGUUCAUUCAGCUCCAAUAGUUCAUGCUGCUCCAGUCGCAUACCAUUCUUCACCAGUUGUGUCCUGGUAAACAUUUAUGAGAUGAUACCUGUGUGUUCUCGAUAUGACUAUAACAAAAUCAAAGUUAUCAUCAAGAAUUUACUAAAUUUGCUUGCUUUUUUCGCACAAACACAUUUUGUCUGUAUUCCUCUCAAAGAAAAGAUGGAUAUGGAAAAAUAAAAUUAAAAACUAUAAAUUGGAGAA